UUCCUCAAAGAUGGACUGUUGCCUCACGCGCUGACUUGCAAUCAUGGUCAUUACGAUGGAUUGCUUCUCCAAUUGUACUAGUACAAGCGAUUUCAUUUCUCCCAAUUUUCCUACUAGAAGGGCUACUAGGAGCCGCGCCCUUUUUCCUUUGUGUUUGUUUUUCUUCGUCUGCUGCUCUGUUGCGUGGUGUUGGAUACACCCGAAAGGAGCGCGAGGCGCGCCGUGAGGUCUGUGACUGGUUAUGGCCUUGGUGAGUGGGAUACGGCGCCAAACGUGCAAAGGGGCGCCGUGUUUCGACAGCUCCAGCCACUAAGGUAAGGGGCGAUCCACUCGCGCGGCGUCAUGGUCGUUGCAAUUAUCGAGACAGAUUCUCACGUAGAUCCAGGUCCCGAACAAUGCUGCAAAUCGACUAGAGCGCGCAGCCUGUUUAACGAGCGCAACAGGGGCUACGGUUUCAGGCUGAGGACGCCUAGACCAACAUGAGUGGGCCAUCGUUUGCUGAUAGAAGAGCUAAGGCAGCUCCUAGGCGGGUAGUUUCGGAUAGCGACCAUUUGCCACCCAGCGGCCGCAUGGGCAUGUGGCUAAUAUGAUAAGUACAACGGGCUUCCCCCUUCAGGAAUCAGGCUCCUGCUCUUACCUUCGCGCGUCACGCUCCUCAGCGCGUUACGCCAUGAUCACCUGCCACGCUAAUGCCCGCCCCCGCGUCACGCUCCUCAUAUGGAUGCGGCUGCCAUGAGGUUCCUCGGGGCCGCCCCUUUAUGCGGCCCCACUGACUUACCCCGCCAGGGGAGUGCCGUGGAAUGUAUUAGUUAGUAUAAAUAUGCGCAUAAGUAUAAAAAGUGACUACAUAUGUUUUAGGGCUGCACGGCCCCCCCUGUGGUGUGGUCUGCGGUGGCGCUCGCGCGCUCUUUUCCGCGCUGAUUUUCGCGGAUUCUAGUGGUGGAAGGCGUCAAAACUGGGCGUGGGCGUCCCCUUGCGCCUCUCUUCAGGUUCUUCAGGGACCUCCUGGUCUCUGCUGGCCCUCGAUGGCUGGAGGCCUCCGUGGUAAGUGGCCGCCGAAGGCGGCCACGGUCUCAAGAGCUAGCAAGCCGAUGACCAAGGGCCUGGAGAGUACAGGCCGCACAGCUCAGGGGGCCCAGGCCAGCCCCUCGCGGCGAAGCAGAUCGGGCGCAUUUAGGGCACAGGCAGGCACCUGGAAGGGAGCGGAGGCGGCCCCCUGGGCCCCUUUUGAAGUCUCCCACCUACAUCGGAGGUCUGUAGGGGGCAGCCAGGCAGCUGGAAGAGAGCGGUGGCGGCCCCUUGGCGCCCUUUUGAGGCCUUCCACCCCCGGCAGAAGCCUGCAGGAGGGGCCCGGGGCUGCACGGUAAGUACCCCCUAGGGGUACCGUAGCCCUGAGCCUUGGGCCUUGGGCCACAUAUGGAAAAAGAGCCUAGGCGUGGGGGCCGUGAGCAAGCAGACCACCUGUAUGGGCCCGCUUCGAUGGGCAUCGUCUUCCGUUCUUGUCAAAAGAACACUUCAGAUGUGUAGGUGAGGUACCCGUGCCUGAUUAAUUACGCACCCACAGACACAGCUUAUUAUUCGAAGACGAGAGUCGGAGGUCUAAUCUGUGAGAAAUUUGGGUAAGUUGAUAAACGCGCUGAAGAAGUUGAGCGACGAUUGGGGGAUGGCGACGAAGAGUAGCUUCGUGGAGCAGUUGUCUUUUGUUGACGCUCCACGAGGACAAUCAACCCUCGAGAACAGCGAAGCCGCGAAUCAUCUUGCGCCCGCAGCUUCCCCGCUUACUAGGCCAACUCCCGAGACAGCUCCAGGUCUCGACAGCCAAGAAAGUGCCAGACAACCUUCGUUCCUCGAAUUAUGUUUAUAUCCCUUCAGUCUAGUUGUCGUCCAUCAGAUCCAUUUAAGCAUAUCAUGACUUGGUGCAUCUUCAUUGGUUGGAAAUGUUGACUACGACCAUUGGCUUCGCCUUCAUCUUGUCGACCGUAUGUAAUAAAAGUCACUCCUCCACGGCCACGAGCUGGAUGAUAUGACUUUCUCACAGAGGGCUCACUUGGAACAGAAAAUAUAGUAGUCUACUGUGUUCAACAAGUUGAUGAGGAGAACCUCAAAGAAAUAAGCUGUUUUCCUCUAGUCUUCUAUUUUUUACGCCACUAAGAAGUUGACGAGAACCUCCUCAACUACACAAAAGUUGACGCUAGUGAAUUGUAGCCCUGGGAAAAAUAAAGAUUAUCAUAUCUACUUCAUACAUUUAAGCAAGUCACUGUCAGUGCAUUUGAUUAGCUCUAAUGCGCGACCAGGACGACGUGGCUACAACGACGUCGGGAUCCCAAAAGCGCAGUAAUCUUCGCGGCCACUUUCGCGCUACUGCUCGUUAA